CUGAAAUUGUGGUGUUCUUCGGGAUCUUCGUUGUUUUCGCCCCCAGAAGAUAUAGUUCACUUUCAUUACAACAUGAAAUGAUUCUAGCUGCAAGAAAAGUACAUGACACUAACUUUGGUUGAUGUUUGAAGCUAGCACAUCAUUUUACGUCUGUCAAUUUGCCAGCUGAUGAUCGCUAAGGUUAUGGAUAGCUGUGUUUUUCCAUAAGAUAGUGUGUGCUAAGCAGUUGAUGCACUUGAAAUGGAGAGCAGUCCGUCAACCUUUAACGGCCACCUCCCAGUUCCUCUAAACAAAAUUCCGAAAAUCCCACUCGAACCCCUUCGUGCAUUUCAAGCUAUUGACAAAUCAUCAAGGUUGUUUGAUGAUGUUUUGGCUGCAGCGUGCUACCCUCCUCUCAUGCAACCAAAGUCAUGGACUAAAGCUGUGCCAUUUAAGGAUGCUGUUCAAUAUUGUAAGCCUUCAGAAUCAAUUGGAAGCUGUUUCUCCCAAUCAGCAGCUCCUCUUCGUAUCCAUGCCUUAUCUGCACGCAGAAAAAGAGGUUCAUCUAAGAAAAUUGAGCUACCAUUCAGUGAGACAGGAUUCCUUCAACAUCCUCCCUCAAAAAUUGCAAAACUAGCUGAAAUAAAAGUCUUAAAGGCUACUGAUAUAAUCAAACCACAGACUGUACCUUUAAUUGAACUGUGCAAUGGGGAAUUUGAAGUUCGCCAUGAAAUAGAACAAGCUGAAAGAAGAGCUAAAUUUGAACAAGAAUGGUUGGAGCGUUCUCAAAGAGUUUCAUUUGAACAUGAAGAAAGAAAUAGGUAACAUCAUGUAACUUGAUUUUCAUGGGAUCUGUUGGUCUUUACAAAAAGAAUUCUUAGAUAAUCAUCUCUGAACUGGUAUGAUUCAGGCUGAUUGAGGCCAUGGAGGCUCCACAGCCUGUCCAUCCAGACCUACAAUUAAGUUUCCUUCAUCAUCUUCAAGAUGAAAAUGCUGUGUAUGUUGUUGAACCAGACGAUGCUGAAAGGA